AUGAUGGAUCACAUACCCCUUUGGUGGGACUGGAGAGCUGCGGCAUUGGCUGCUUGCAUUUGUCCCUUUCUAAUAUCUUACCUUCUUACUACCAUUUAUUCAUUCAUUAUUGUGAGUAGUAAAAAUGAGGAUAAACCGCCUGCUAUUGAUCCAUCUGCGGAUUUUGUAUUUGGCAAUCUCUUUGCUUUCGCGUUUGGCACUCGUAGAUAUCUCGCAUAUCUCAUAAAUCGUUUCGGUCCCCAUGUACCGGUUCGAAUUCGUGUUGGUACCCAGAGUUACUUCUUCGUUUCUGGACCAGAAUAUGUCCUUCGAUUGUUUCGCAGUUCACGAGAACUUACUACAGUUCCUGCCUCGACAGUCAUUCUCCAACGAGUAUUCGGCACCCCUCCUGAAGCAACUACCGUACUCUUAAAUGACGAUACUGGCACCUCAGCGCAGCCCUUACCAGGCAGUCAUUCUUUGCCCGCAGAUCAACGUUAUCACCAAAUCAUACAUCAAGGAAUGCAUGAUAAUCUUUCCGGUCUGAGGUUGGCAGAACUUGCAUCUCGAUUCUUGGCAAAUCUUGACACGGAGCUGGAUAAUCUUGAUAUGGAAAACAAAGAAUGGUUGGAAAUACCUGAUCUAUACUCUUUCAUACAAAAUUCAAUAUUCAAUGCUUCGACCCUUGCACUCUGUGGACCGCAUAUAUUCGAAAUUAUCCCCACGUUGACCGAGGACUUUUGGAACUUCGAUUCUCAAAUUGGAGGACCACUCAAAGGUGUCCCAAGAUUCAUCAAUCCAGGUGCCUACAAGAUUAGAGAUAAAUUAGUCAAAGGUAUUGUGGAAUGGCACCGAUCUGCAGAAGCACAUAUCGAUCGCAAUGAUGAGGAGCUUGAAAAAAAGUCAUGGGAACCAUACUAUGGCGCAAGGCUUGUCCGAGACCGAGCUCGUGAUCUUUCUAAGGUCAUUGGUUUGGGUGAUGAAGCUCGUGCGGCUAAUGAUCUGGGUUUAAUCUGGGGGACAAACUCCAAUAUCGUUCCAACCUUAGCUUGGUCUAUAAUAGACACUAUCUGCCGCCCAGCUCUUCUUUCCCAAGUUCAUGCUGAACUCGCCUCUAUCAAAAAACUCCAUCCAACCGGUAACUUUGAACAACAAAUGCCCGACCUUCUUUCGAACCUCCUACUUCAAUCAAUUUACUGUGAAGAACUCAGAUUGCGAAAUUCCAGCACGAUUCAACGCUCUCCCAUCUCUUCAAACUUUAAAAUAGGACCAUGGAAAUUCCCCAAGAACGAUAUCAUUCUGAUGAGUAUCUGGUUUGCAGGCCGUGACAAGACCGUCUGGAACGAAGGUGCAAACGGAGAACACGACGUCGAAAGCUUCUGGCCUGAGCGCUUUAUCGUCUACCCCAACGAUCCCCACAGCGGUCCGCGAAAACCGGAUUCAACCAAACACCACAACCACAACACUGAGAAGAUCACCGAACCCAAACUCGUCACGGACACGGUAAAUGGCUCAUGGAUUCCCUACGGAGGCGGUCAGAAAAUAUGUCCCGGUCGAUUCUUUGCAAAGCAAGAAGCGAUUGGAGGUAUGGCGAUAUUUUUGUCCAAAUUUGAUAUUGAAUUGAUUGGCAACCAAAUUCCAGAGCCGGAUUUGAGUUAUUUUGCAUUGGGAGUUUUGCCGCCAAAGGGCAAGUACCCGGCGAGAUUACGCAGAAGGUCUGGGAAGAGUGGUGAGUGA